AUGAUCAUGAUGAUCCUCCUCGUAAUGUGUCAGCACAGGCGUGAAGUGUCCGAUCACGUGGCACUACGAGCCAGCCCCGUCGACACGCCAAUAAGCCGCUCCGUCAGUGUCCGUCGCCAUGUGGAGCCGAACAUAGGAAACUCAACCCAAGUCUCGAUCGCAAUUGAGAACUUUCUGCACCCGAUGGACGUCGAACCUUGGUGUGGCUUGUGGUCGUGGCGCGAGCUCUAUUUGCUGGGACAGGAGAGAUUGGCCGUAGAUGCGUAA